AUGCCUUGGAAGCUAGUUGGUGAGGUGGCACACAGCAGAGGAGAUUUCCGAGAAGCUAUCAGAUGCCAAUACAACUGGCUUAUCAAACGAUCUUACAAGCUUUACAGGAAGUUCCGAUUUUGGCUUCCUACCGAAUAUCCGGUCCAGUUCGGCUACACCGAUACCGAGGGCAACAUUGUGCCAGUGGACGAUGGACCACUGGAUCUUGGCACAGAGCCUCUAGAAAUGAAGGCCAUGUUGCAGAGAUGCGGCUUUUUCCCCAAAGAGAAGCCAAGAAAGUGGCGACAUAUCCAGCAAAACAUCAAGGAUAUGUCCGAGUCGAAGAAGGACUUCCACAGAAAGAAGGCUUGGUUUAUGAAGCGCCACUUCAACACCAGGAUAGAAGCCCACAAAUGGUACGAUCCCAGGAAGUAUCGUGGUCGCUAUAUGCACGUCCAGAAGUUCAAGAGGGGCAUUGCUGGGAGCUGA